GACCUAACUUAUGUCUUCCUUUAACUUCUACUUAUCCUGAAAUUGCCUCUGUGUUGGAGACGAGGAAGGAUCCGGAGUAGUUUAGGACCCAGCAGACAGUGGCAGGUGGCAGUUGUGUAGAUCACUGAGAGACUAAGAGGGUCCAGUCCAGUUUUAAUUCUGUCUCUAAUCUCUGCCACAGCAGUGCUUUCCCCAACAGCCCCAGCUCGGGCUCGGGCGUCUCUCUCUCUCUCUCCAGCCUGAUCCACAGCAAAAACAUGUCACUGGCUUCCUCACAAUGGAAACCCUAGAGGGAAAAGUGGCCCCAGAUGCGCAAGCCUGAGGAUUCGGUACAAAGAGGUGCACAACAUGAAGACCCUGAUGCGCCAUGGGCUGGCGGUGUGUUUAGUGCUCACCACCAUGUGCACCAGCUUGUUGCUCAUGUACAGCAGCAUCGGCGGCGGGGGCCCGAAAGAGCCGAGCCAGCAGCAGCAGCAGGUGGCGGUGGCGGCCAGUGGGAAGCCGGAGACCGAGCCGCUGGGCAGCAGCCAGCAGCGCCGGAGGCUCCCUGUGGGGGCUGGGCUCCUAGAGGGCUACAUCAGUGUCCUGGACCACAAGCCUUUGAAAAUGCACUGCAAGAGUUGUGCACUGGUAACCAGUUCUGGACACCUUUUGGGAAGCAAACAAGGCAACAGAAUCGACCAGACUGAGUGUGUAAUACGAAUGAACGAUGCACCCACUCGAGGUUAUGGAAAAGAUGUUGGAAACAAAACUAGCCUUCGAGUCAUUGCACAUUCUAGUAUCCAGAGAAUUUUGCGAAACCGCAAUGAACUGUUAAAUAUGAGUCAAGGUACUGUGUUUAUCUUCUGGGGUCCCAGCAGCUAUAUGAGAAGAGAUGGAAAAGGUUUGGUUUAUAAUAAUCUGCAAUUGAUGAAUCAGAUACUACCUCAAUUAAAAGUAUAUAUGGUUUCUCGGCACAAGAUGCUUCAAUUUGACGACCUCUUCAAACGGGAAACUGGCAAAGACAGGAAGAUAUCCAACACUUGGCUUAGCACAGGAUGGUUCACAAUGACUAUCGCAUUAGAACUCUGUGACAGGAUAAAUGUUUAUGGCAUGGUGCCACCAGAUUUCUGCAGGGAUCCUAAUCAGUCUUCAGUACCUUAUCAUUAUUAUGAACCUUUGGGACCUGAUGAAUGUACAAUGUACAUUUCACACGAGCGGGGACGAAAGGGCAGCCAUCAUCGUUUUAUCACAGAGAAACGAGUGUUUGAGAACUGGGCACGGACAUUCAAUAUUCACUUUUUUCAACCAGACUGGAAACCAGAAUCACUUACGAUAAAUCACCUGGAGAUUAAACCCGUGUUCUGAGGAAUGAAUGCACAAGACUGCAAUCACAAUCACCUACUGUAUCAGGCUUCAGGGUAUUGAACCUCGCAGAAGAACAAGGCAAUCUAAAAAAGCAAGGUUAACAGGAUUUGUGGGUGGAAACCACUACAAUAUUCAGGAAGUUCUUGCGAAGGAAUACAUAAAAGGACAUUUUGUAUCCAAUUGUAUUAUAAUCCAAUAAUUAACAUUGUCCAGCCAGCUCACCUCCUGUCUAAGUAUGUGAUCUGUAAAAAGCAACUUGACUAUCAUUAAUGGGAUGUUUAAUUCAUUAGUUUUUUAAAGCACGUUGCCACUGAAUUUUCAUAGUGAAAACUUAAAAUACUUAUUUAAUGGAGGUUUUUAUGCAGGCUAGGUCAGUAUUUUUCUAAUUCACAAUUAUGGGAUUAUCUUUCAUAAGCCUUCAAAUCCCAAAUAUAUUGCUGGUCGUAUAGAAAGGCCUAACUUCUUGUUUAUAAGUUUUCCCUUUGAAAAAUAUGAUUCUAUUGAGCAUGUAAUUAAUAUUUGAUCUGGAAAUGUUGUAUUUCUUUUUAAAUGGCUGGGCUCCACUCCAAGGUAGAGUCUUUAACGGCAAGAAAAUUCCCAUGUGAAGAUCGUGUGUGAGAUGCUACAGUCUGACAUUUUACAUUAAUAUGAAAAUGGCAAAGAAAAUUCCUUUUGAUGUAAAUGUGCACUUGCAGCUAUGAUGUCAGGCUGCUCUUUCUUAAUGGAGAUGGGGUAGAGGGCAGGGCAAGGUUUACUAGAUUUUAUCCUGCGAUAUCACCACCAUCUGUGGCACUGUGUGUAUAAUUAAGACUGAGAAAUGAGAGGGGCCACUUCAGGAGGUCAGAGGACGCUCACUAACUCCAUUAUUCUGUUUGGCCUUUUAUACUUCCCACUAACUCUGUAAUCCUCCCAUUUCCAGCUGCAAUCUGCAGACAGCCCGCAAUGGAUUAAGAGUAUAUGAACUGAUGCCUUCCCCUACGAUAGGUACUUAUGUGAUGUUCCUAAGUCUACACCAACCAGCAGAAUAGAAAUCGUAUGGCAUCAAUCACAUGAGAUAUAACGUUACCAUUCCAAACUCUCUCCCAUCCAUUUCCCCAGUAACUUUCUUCUCAUAGAUCCUGGGUCACAGAGAGAUUAGGAGCCUGAGUAGAUUGAGCUCAGUGGUUCUGAGACUGUCCCCUUGAGGACAAAAAGUAGCAGAACAUGGCAGGUUCUUCAUGAUGCACAUGUGGCUAGUUCCUGUGAAUUACAGGGGUGGACACUAAUAGUUCGAUAUAUGGAAAUUCACAGGGGGUCUUAUUGCGUUAUAAUGGCUUGUGCAGAAAGAUGGAUUUCAUUUCCAGUGUUAUUUGUCCUUUCACCUCCCAACUACUAAAACUCAAUCGCUUCUUCGAAGUAAUUGUGGGGAGUAAUUUACUUAUUACAUGAAUGCUAUAAUUCAGGCGAUAAAGCUCCUUCAUUGUACAAAGAGUGAAACCAAAGCUAUUGUUAAUGGUUGAUCUUAAACUGUCAAAAGUCAGGAAGCUCAAAAGUGAGGUGCAAUACACCGAGGCAGUGGGAUCACACUGGGUGUACACAAUUUGCCCAAAUUCACACCUGAUGGGAGUAGCUGCACCUCCUAUGGAAGUCUCUGCAUCAUACUCAGCCAGGACAUAAACGGUGGUGGCAUUUGGUUAGAAAAUGGGUGUAAUGGGUCAUAUAGCAUAAUUUACACCAAUUUAUGAUUCCGUGAGAAUCUAAACUGUAACUGCAAAGAGGUGGAAGGGAUGCAGCAAGUAAGAUACAGCAGUCCUUCUACUUUGCCUCAGUUGGUAUUUUUUUCCCCUGCUACUUACUCUUUCCGUCUGGAAACCCCUGAAUGCAAAACUAGUACAAGUUACACUACUUGGCCAAUUAUUUACCCCCAUGCUCUGGCCAAUUUCCAGCUGAUGUUUAAUUUCCACCAUUUAGGGAAGGAGUUCUCAAACUUCAUUGCACCAUGACCCUCUUCUGACAACAAAAAUUACUACACAAGGGGGGACCAGAGCUUGAGUCCUGCUGCCCCAGAUGUGGGGGCCAAAGCCCAAGCCCCAUGACCCAGGGUGGGGGGGGGGAGGGUCAAAGCCGAGGCAAGGGGCUUGUAACCUGAGCCCUGCCACCCAGGGCUGACACUCUCGGGCUUUAGCUUCCAUCCUAGGCCAUGCGGCUCAGGCUUUGGCCCGGGGUGAUGGGGCUCAGACUUCAGCUUCGGCCCUGGGCCCCAGCAAGUCUAAGACAGCCCUCAGAACCCCAUUAAAACAGGGUUGUGACCCACUUUGGGGUUCUGACUCCCAAUUUGAGAAUCGUGGAUUUAGGGUGAGCUUCCCAGCCCAGGUAGACAGACACACACUAGCUAAAGUUGAGGUAGCUCGCUAACAAUGAGCACUGAGGAUGUUGUGGCACAAACAGGGCCAUGGGUUAGCCACUGAGCCACCUACCACCACCCCACCCCCGGCAGAUUCCCUAAACAGGUGACUAGCCUGUGUCAUAAUGUCCACACUGCUAUUUUCAGCACAGUAGCUUGAGCAGAGGUAGCUUAUGUCUGUCUGCCUGGGCAGGCAGGCAUGGGUCCCAGCUGCCGUGAAGACAUACCCUUAGUGACUGUGUUUUAUUCCUCAUGUGUUAUGUCCUGGCACCUUAGAAAGAAAAGAAUGGAUUUUAAACUAAUCAUUAUGUGACGAGCCAUUUCACCCUGGCUACUGGCGGCAUAUCCAGCACAUAGUGAACUUUAGUCAACUUAAAAUUGGUGAACUUUAGUCAAAUUGAUUUACAGAGGAUGUUAAUGGUCACUGUAAAAGAUUUUGUUAUAGAUUACAAUGGCUCCUAGGCUGCCAUAGUGACCUGUCUUUUAGUUACUUUAUUAUUGGUUUAACGCUAAAAGGAUUUUGGACAUGGUAAAAUAUAACGCUGUUAGGAUAUGUCUACACUGCAAAAAGAAACUGGCAGCACAGAGCCCGGUCCGUUGGCUGCGACUCAGGCUGUGGGACUAAAAA